UUUGGAGGCGCUCAGCCUGUGUUGCUCUAACUUGCUUUUCUAUUUCUCUAUCUAUUGACGACAAUUACUUCAACACCUUCAUAUCCUUCGAAUGGCUAUCGAACCUUUCUUGGGCACCCGGACUCAGAAGCUCUUUCUAUCAUGCGUUCUUGUGGAAUGUACACUCCUAAUCAUCCUGACAGCCCUUUCCUUCGGCUUUGUCCAAGCAGACGUCGCUGACAACACUCAGUCCGCCUACAAAACGCUUCCAUGUUAUUUUGCUCUCUUCGUACUUGCCGGUGUAUUUACUCUUUAUAUCACACUCGACGCACUCUGGCAUCGGAAUAUCAUCACGCUGGUCGGCAUGCUCCUCUUCACAAGCGGCCUCUGCGUCUUCUCUGGCAUACAGAUCCGUGAAGUACGCAUCGCUCUUGCUUAUAGCAAUUGCCAAGCAGAACACGUUGCCACCUGCAUGGAUCUUUUCAACAUCGUCGAGCGCUUCCUCAUCGUCGUACCCAUUAUCAUUUUCCUCGCCCUCGCUAUCUAUGGUUGGUGCACGAUGCGCCUCUUCGGAGAGUUUGGUUGGGCUGUGUUCCACACUAUUGGUGCAGACCCGAGGAUCAAGCACAUGUACCGAUUCUACGAAGUCUUCGUUUGUCUACUCAAGUUCGACUACUUCGCUGUGCUAGCGCUCACCAUGCAGCUUGUCAUUCUUGAUCUAUCGACCGAUACCGUGGAAUACUAUCUCACCAUCAUCGCCAUCCCGGUUUCUCUGAUCCUCCUGAUUGGCUGCGGCUACUCGGUGAAGAAAGAGAUUUGGAGCAUCAUGAUAUUUUCCCUUCUACUCAUGGGCGCCGCCAUGGCGUACAUCUUGUACAAAGUGACCCGGUUUUGGGUAGGACCGCACGCCAGCACCUACAUAACAACUCGCGGUACCCUAACGUUCUUCUCAAUCGUCUGUGUCAUCAUGCUUGGUGCCUCAUUCUGUAUCGGCAUCCGGUGCAUGCUCUUCUUCGGCCGCGGUCUCAAGCAAGCACAAGAGACCGCCCCUGAGCGCAUCAAGAGGGCGAAACUAGCGCAUCAGGCCAGCGACAGAGAUGCCGCAGAGGAAGGGUUCGUCAGUAGCUCAGCCGGGAAGGAAGGUGUUGCACUACCUCUUGAAAGGAGGCUCUCUAUUGAGUAAGAGCGAUGUCUUCCUCACGCUGGUUGGAAUGGUGGUGUAAUGUACGGAGGAAGGCCAGUACGGAUGGCGGAUUUGUAGCCCUAAACCAGACGACGUUCCUGCCUGGAUGAGACAGGCGCUCGACAUUUACCCAGGCAGAUGAUCUCCCCCCCUUUCCCGUUUCGCUUACUGUGCUACCG